CAUUGAACAGGAGCUCCAGAGUUUCAGAGCCGAACUAAUAACCCUAGGGUUUUAGCAGCAUCAAUGGAGGGUGCAGGUGAAGGCGUAGAUAGAGUGGUAGACUCAAAGGACUUACAGCAACAGAGCAAAGCCCUCGACAAGCUUACCGACCAUGUCGAGGAUCGCCAGCUCGAUUCUUCCCGUGUCCAAACGGCAAUGGCAUCCAUAGCUGCAUCAAAAGAAGCAGAUUGGAAUGCUAUGAGAAUGAGAGAGAAGGAAUUGGCUGCUGUUAAGAUCAAUUCUGCUGAUGUAGACAUUAUUGCAAAUGAACUAGAGUUGGACAAAAAGGUAGCAGAGAGAACUCUGCGUGAGCACAAAGGCGAUGCUGUUGCUGCAAUUAGAUCAUUGCUUCACUAGAGAUCGAUCCAAUCCAGUGAAAUAAGUUCUCAAUUCCCACUAUAUUUGUGUGAUGGAUUCUAUUGCAAUGUGAACAUGAUUAGUGUUUCUACAAAAGUUUUCCCUCUUGAAAGUUUAAGGGUAUUUUAUUAUUUACUGCAAUGCAAUACAAUACAAUUUUGGAAGGGAA